CUCUAGUUAGGACUUGCCCGAAUACAUCAAAGGGAGGCAGAACGCCUCGGCAGAGAGCGAUUUGCAUGCUGAGCGCCAGGGCUGCUGCAAGCAUCGCCGCUUUCGUGUCUGCGGUUCCUCGCGGAUUUUGUCCCCCCCACCUCCUCCCCGGGUGUCUUAUCGGAAACCUCUUUGCGUGUCCGACUCCGUUUCUUCUCUUCGUGCCGCGCUGGGUUUGUCCCUGUUCCUGCGCAGGGAUGAUAAUUCUUCCCAGCGUUGUAAUCGGGCGGCCAGUUGCGGCACUGGCAGCCCUGCAGGUCACGCUCCUGGCUUUUUAUAACUUGCGUGCUGCUCCUGGUGAGGGUUUUGUGAGCAAAGCUUCGAGAAGAAAAUAAACUUCUUUCUUGUUCGGAGACUCAUCUGCCCUAUGCAAUCCGCUUGUCCUGUUACAUAAACGAGUGUUUUACGGAGAAGGGAGUGCUGCCUGGAAGGAGGAAGGUGUGCGAAUCAACCUAUCAUCACGGAAUCAUCACUUUUCUCAUACUGACUUGACAACUGUUGGAUGCCAGCUUGUGUCAACACCAGUAGAAGAGAAAACCACAGGAGCGAGACCUGCUGAUAGCCGUGUUUGGGAGCAGGAGCAGGAUCCUGCGAACUCCACUGGGGCCAGUUACAAAAACGCAAGGAGGCAGCUAUUGGAGGCAGCUAUUUCGUCUCUGUCCUUAAUCAGGAGAGGAACAGCCGUGCUGGGAGUGGUGGAAUAUUGAGGUGUUCCUAAUCAACCAGAUCUUUUGGGAAUUUUUUAAAAGAAACUUUGGUGGGUAAAAGAUGUGCCAUGGAAUGGUAGCACCAAAGAGCAACACAGGAUCAUCUCUUGCCUUGACCAGCCAUGGGUUAUUUCUUCUGCUAGUUAUCUUUGGUACCUUUAUCUUGGAAGCACAGGCCACAGGUUGGCUCAGCAAGUCCAAAGCACCUACAUAUUGUCCCCAGCCACCACAACCUGAGAAUGGAGGCUACAAAUGCCACCCUAGUCCCUGCAACGACCCUCUGACUUCGGGCAGUGUCAUAGAGUACCUGUGUGUUGAAGGCUACAUGCUGAAAGGAGACUACAAAUACCUGACCUGUAAGAAUGGAGAGUGGAACCCCGCCAUGGAAGUUAGCUGCAGACUCAGCCCAGAAAAGGACUCCCCGCCAACAAUCGGAGUACCCACGCUAUCCAUAGUAGCCUCUACAGCAAGCUCUGUCGCCCUGAUUCUUCUCUUAGUUGUGCUGUUUGUUUUGCUGCAGCCGAAGCUGAAGUCGUUCCAUCACAGCAGGCGAGAACAAGGAGUGUCUGGGGACCAGGUCUCUAUCAUGGUGGAUGGUGUCCAAGUGGCUUUGCCAUCGUACGAAGAAGCAGUGUAUGGCAGCACAGGGAACUGCAUUCCACCCUCGGACUCCCGGGUGCAGAUUGUGCUGUCCGAAGGAGCUGGGCAGAACGGAGCCAGAGAGCUGCAGCAGCAGGACCAAGGGGCUUGCAAUGGCCUUGACAGAGAAGAUGAGGCCCCCGGACACUCUGGACUGUGUGAAGCCAGUGGCUCUCAGCGCUCUGAAACUGUUCUUGUGCAUCAGGCUGCUACCUCUUCCUGGGUAGCUGGCAUGGCUAGCAGUAGACCUGUACAGAAAGAACUCCAGGAUUCAGAAAGCAGUGACAUACAGAGCCUUUUAUCACUCACUUCCUCUGAGGAAUACACAGAUGAUAUUCCCUUGUUGAAGGAAGCAUGAGGCCUGCUGUAUUUGCCUAGCCUUCUCCCUCUUGGAUUUCUUCCUCCUCCCUUCCCCCUGCCUUCGGGACAGAAGCACUCUGUGCAGCCUUCCCCAUCCUCGCGAGCUGUGCCCUGGAUACCUCCAAGCAGAGACGCCCUCAGCUGAAGAUCCAAAGGAUGUCACCAGGUUGCCUCCUGGAUGCACCACUGGGGCUGGUGCAGUGCUGGCUUCCCCAUUCCGUCUGCAUCAGGGGCUCAAGGAACGUAGUGGAUUUGAGCUCUCCUCUCCUUUUUCCCAGCCAGUUGUUUGACAGCAGUCUCUGAAAAGAGCUGCUCUUUUCUUGUGCCUUUCUCCUCCUCACACCGGCUUGUUGCAGCUUAUCAGCCUCUCUAGCCCUUCUACUGCCCAGAGAGGGCUAAAACCGCUUGCUCACUGGGUGCAGACAGUUUAUAUAUACGUAUAUAUGUUAUAUGCUCUUCUUCCAGCAUCCUCUCUGUAAUAGGGCAGGACAACAUGCCUCACUGGGACUGACGCUGGGCUUGGGAGGGAUUCCAGGUAAGGGGCAGCUUGUAAUGCCUAGAAGUGUCUCAAAUGAGAUGGGCCAUGAGGCAACUUGGCUGUGCAAUAACAGUUGAGAAUUGCUAGAGCACCGAAGGCUGAGAAGUCCAACGUGUAGGAAUGCCCUCUGCCCUCUUCUCAGCAAACACCUCUGCAAGAGUCUGCUCCUGAAAAUCACUUCUGUCUCUUCUACCUGUGUAGCCCACCUGGUUAUGCUGUGUUUCUGGAAGCUGUGACUGGGACUGUACUGUUGAUAAAACAGCCCUUUCAGCUUUGUCCUGUGCCAGAGUAGCUCCUGAUGUUAAGAUUGUUGGGAGGGUCUUGGAGAAAGGACAAUGGUUAGCAGCAUCCAGAAAGCUUGGAGGAUCUGGCUUUCUGUGAGCCGGUGGCAUCAGGACUGGAACCAGAUUUGUGGCCCCACUCUUCUGAAUAAACCCAUUUCCAAUUGGCUUUCCCAGUUAAGGUUGUUCUGCACUAAUGCUUAGGUUCCUUUGGUCGGAUCUGCAGGCAGAGGUAAUGCUUUCAGAUGUGAGCUGGAGGCAGUUCACGUGUUUGCAGCUGUCGAGAGAAAAAUGCCCAUAGGUGGUGAACGCUUUGUGCCACUGGUGCAAUCCCACACUACCUUCCCGGUCACACCAGGUACUUUGUUACUCGAAUCCUGGGUAACUGCCACCUAAGAGGCUAUUGUGUCUUCCUAGCUCCAUAUAGCAAGAGUGCUGUUUUGCCCUAAUGGGCCUACAGAGAAGGGCUUCUUUGUUGUGUGGUUGGGGCACAACCACAUCUACAAAGUCUCUUCUGAAUACAACACAGCUGCCCGUUGCUGCAAGGGAAGUUUGGCUGCAUUGACAGUAGUACCCAGGGACACCACAGCUUAAUCCUGAACCUAAAUUUUAAAGAUUGCUUUAAGUUCUUGCAGCAGGGAAAACAAAAUACAAAAAUAUGUAUACCUCUGCCCCCCACAGUUAUCUGCCAGAAUAUCCUGGUGGCUGUUAACAGGACUUCGUUUUUGCAGGAAACCAAGUUCAUCUGGGGGUGGGUGAUACAAUCACAAAAGCAUGGAAGCUGUAGGGUUCUUCAGAGGGGUGCUCAGGAAACUGGGUUCCACAGAAUUGGUUUCAGCCAGAAGAGUUGGCUUCUUAAAGGCAGGUACUUUGUCAUAACUGUCUCGAAGUAACCAGGAGAGUGCCCUGUGAGAAGCUGCUAAAUUUUUCAUUUGAGUUGAAGGAGCAAAAUGUCAUGGCCUUACACAUCAUGUGGUAACUUACAGGUAAAUAGGGAUACUCCCUUUGCUGCUUUGCUUUUGUUUCGUGACCCUUACUAUCCUCAUUCUUGUUGCUCCACAAAUAAUGUUGGCAGAGCACUUGGUAAAAGUGACACAACACCUUAAAAAGAAAAGAAUAA